CAACCGGAAGUGAUUUACGUGUCAAAGGUCGAGCACAUUGUUCCGGCGCGGUAAUGUCUGUUUCACAUAGUAAUGAAUGAAGUUUUAAUCAAAUAAAAUUUCUAGCGCACAACCACAGCGAGUAACCAAGCGACUGUGACAUCAGUGUGUGCAGAAUAUAAUACAACUUAAGAACUUCUUCGUCUUAUUUGAGUUCAUAGACCGAAACAGAGAUGGCUGGCAUUCUGUUUGAGGACAUCUUUGAUGUAAAAGACAUUGAUCCAGAUGGCAAGAAGUUUGACAGAGUGUCUCGUCUACAUUGUGAAAGUGAAUCUUUCAAGAUGGACCUCAUUUUGGAUGUGAACAUUCAGAUCUAUCCUGUUGAUCUUGGUGACAAGUUCAGACUGGUUAUUGCUAGUACAUUAUACGAAGAUGGAACACCAGAUGACGGAGAGUAUAAUCCUCAGGAUGAUCGACCGUCUAGAGCGGACCAGUUCGAUUAUGUGAUGUACGGGAAGGUUUACAAGAUUGAAGGCGAUGAGACUUCAACAGAAGCAGCCACACGCCUCUCUGCCUAUGUGUCUUAUGGUGGCCUUCUUAUGAGGCUGCAGGGAGAUGCCAACAACCUUCACGGCUUUGAGGUGGACUCCAGGGUUUACCUCCUCAUGAAGAAACUGGCCUUCUAAAAUCCAAUUGCUCUCCCACUUACCACGCUUCUUCUUCUGCCACAGUCAACCUUAAAGUCAUACUGAGCUGCAAACUGAAAACAUUUUUAUUGCCAAGUCUGGAGCAUGUGGUCAUCUCCAAGAGCAGGUAACAGACAGAACAAAUGGAGGCUGCAGAAAACAUAUUUUGUUUUGUUUUUUUACUCUCAUAGUUAUGAAAUAUUUCCAGGGAUAUGGACUACAGACUAACGACUGUGACACUUAAAAAGUACUGCAGCCUCCAUCUGAUGGCAAACUGUAAAUAAAGAUUUCUUUUUUAUAAAAUGA